UUCACUAAAGAAGGGGUAUAUUGGAAACAUAAGUAGACAGUUCCUUAUUUUACACAUUAUUUAGCAUCUUGUUGAGUCACAGUACCUUUAUUUGAAAUCUUCUGUCUGUGGGAUCCCGAAAUAUUCUCUCAGAAGAUGCAGGAUUAUGUGUUAGGUUUGCUUUCUUUGAUUUGCAGUCUCAAAGGCCUAACUUGUACACCAUGGACCAUGAAAGUACAGUAUCAGGUCAAUAGCACAUUGGGACAAGAUGUGAUUCUACCCUGCAUCUUCACACACCCAAAACAAAGUAGUUACAAAGGUUAUAUAACUAUUAAAUGGAUACAGAGCAACAUACAUAAACCGAUUUUUCAGUGCAUGUUUUAUCAGACCAAAGAACAAGACGGUAACUGUAUUGAUCCAACAUCUUCAAAACGACACUUGCUUCAAGGCAACCACAGAGAAGGAGACAUUUCCUUAAGGAUCAAUAAUGUAGGGUUGACUGAUGCCUCACAGUACACCUGUAGGGUGGAGCUCGAUUAUAAUAGAUUUGAGAAAAACACAAUGCUUAAUGUCAACGCUCCAGCACAAAUUCUUAGCCUAUCCCUGGAUUUAGAUAAUCUGAAUAUGAUGGUGAAAUGCAUUGCCCAAGGGAAUCCAGUUCCUGAAGUGAAAUGGACCUCGUCAUCUGGACCAAUAGAACACUCUCCAAUCAAAGUUGGCUACAGAGUCAUCAGCUUCAUUCCAUUCUCUGACCAGAACGUGUACACCUGCCAAUCUGUAAACUCACUGGGCCAGGAUGAGAAAACAUUUCCGAACCAAAAUACAAAUCAAAAUUGUACUGGACUUUCGGUGAUAACUGGCAUUCUGGUGUGUUUGCUGUUGCUUGGGCUUGUAGCGUUCAUUUUGGAUGUGGUGAAAAGAAGUAAGUAG